ACAAUGGCUCACGAACUCGCACAUAUACUGGGAGCACCGCAUGACAAGACGCCAAAGUGCCCUUUCUCCGAUGGAUAUCUCAUGAGCUAUUUUGACGGAGGCACGAAGAAGUACCGGCUGUCAAAGUGUAGCGAAGAAGAAAUACGAAAAAAUUUGCAGGAACUCCCGCAGAGCUGUUUUAAUGAGCAGAGCAAGACAAACUACCUGGAUGUGUACAAGAGAUAUCCGGGCCAGUCAGUACGGCCACAGCAUUACUGCGAAAUGAUGCUCAAGGUGAAGGGAAGACGAACGAAAGUGUUUCCAGAAAAGCCGGAUAUCCUUAGCAGAGAGUGCAAAAUGAACUGUUGCAAGCAAGAACAAUCUGAAAAUUUGUGCUAUAAAGUAAUCAUAUUGGAAGGAAUGGAGUGUACCAAAGGAAAGACGUGCAGAAGAGGAGUCUGUGGGUAUCACAAAUGGCCGUAGUUAUAACCUUAACUUCAUACCGUUUCCGUCUCCUGUCCAGAGAAGGCAGAGAACUUUUGGUACUUCGGAAAAUAAAGCAGUUGGAAGCAA